AUGUCUAAAGAUCAUGCUGGAACACAUCAGCCACCAAAAAUGUACUUUCUAACCGGCACUUUAUGUAAUAAUUGCUCUAAGGUCACAUAUCAAAUUAGGAAUGACUCGACAAUAAUUCUCCCCAUGUGGUACAUCUCUCUUGAAUGGCCACUCUACCAAACAUCUUUCCCUUGGUUUAGUCUGCAUGAAAUAGCAGAGCCAAAAAAGACUAUCACAAAAUCUCGCCGCUAUCAGCCUCCACCGCCACAGUUGCUAAGAAUCCGCCGAAGUGCCGCGAAUGAACGAGAACGUCGACGGAUGAAUACGCUGAAUGUGGCUUAUGAUAAGUUGCGUACCGUACUACCCGAAAUGGAUUCUGGACGUCGUCUGUCCAAAUAUGAAACACUACAAAUGGCACAGCAAUACAUCGCCUGCCUUAUGGAAAUCCUGGGCGAAAGCAGCGAAAAGCAAUCUCCAGAGAAAAACUGA